GGGUCAAGAUUCCAUGCCGCAAGGCAGGCGCUAGUCUGUUUUUGGAAGGGUAAGCCGCGGCGGGAUCAUGUGGCUCUGGCUGGAAAGGGAAUCCCGGUCCUGCCAAUCACGGGGUAAGGCUUUUCUGCACAAUGACUUCAUAUCCCGGCCUGGUGUGGUGGCCUCGGCCUAACCCGCUUUGCCCGUUCAGGUAGCAGCCGGCCAGGCCCUCCCACUACAGUAGCUGUACUACAUGCCAUCCAUCCAUGUCUGCCGAGAACAGAGUUUAGAAUUGGCCAUGCAUCGUUCAGGGCUCGGAUCGCGCCUGAGUGUCUGGAUCCUCCAGCCACUGGCCAUUUAUAGUUAUCCGUCUCCCGAGCUAAAUCACUGGCCGGUUACACAGCACGAAAGAUCGAUCAAAGUCGAGAUUCCCUGCUUUUGCAGUGAAUUCCAGCCGCAAAAGUUUCUGGAGCAUGCAGACUGCUAUCAUUUGAUAUGCUUUUCCAUGGCCUAUCGGCUUAGUGAUAGUCCCCCUGUUCUGUUCAUGCAUGUCUGAUGAUUGAUGCCCGUCUUAUUACCAUCCAUAGAAGCAAUAUUAUUCAUUGCUGGCUAUCUCAAUAUUAUAGGAAGCUAGCAGCCCUUUAACAACAACUAGCUUCUAUGGCUCAGUUGGUAGAGCGCAUGACUAGUAAUCAUGAGGUCCGCGGUUCGAAUCCGCGUGGAAGCAUUUUUU